AUGAUUGUUUUGGCUAUCGCUUUGGUGGUUGUGUAUGCUCAUGGCUAUGAACAUGCGUAUUCAUCGAACCACAUCUCGCGUCACGACGGUCACCAUCAUGAAGUCCACCACGACCAUGGACAUGGUCAUGGCCACCAUCACCACCAUGAUUACUACACUCAUCCCAAAUACGAGUUCGAGUAUAAAGUAGAGGACCAUCACACUGGCGAUAUCAAGUCGCAACACGAGCACCGCGAUGGUGAUGUUGUGAAGGGUGGAUACUCUCUACACCAGCCCGAUGGCUCUGUCAGGCAUGUUGAGUACCACGGUGACAAGCAUAGCGGUUUCCACGCGGACGUUAAAUACAGCACUCACCACAUUUUUUAUUCACAGAUGGUUUUAGUCCUCGCAUUGGUGAUGUUUGUGCACACCCAGGCAUAUGAGCAUGCGUUUUCAUCGAAUCACAUAACACGUCACGAUGGACAUCACCAUGAAGUUUCCCAUGGACAUGGCCAUCAUCAUGAUUAUUACACUCAUCCCAAGUACGAAUUCGAGUACAAAGUGGAAGACCACCAUACGGGGGACAAAAAGUCGCAGCAUGAACACCGCGACGGAGACGUUGUGAAGGGAGGCUACUCUCUGCAUCAACCCGACGGCUCUCACAGACACGUACACUACCAUGCAGAUGAUCAUUCCGGUUUCCACGCCGAUGUGAAAUACAGCACUCAUCAUGAUGUACCAAAACAUCAUCAUUAA